CGUCAGCACUCCUCCGACAAACCUCACGUACACACACGCGCGUACGUGGAAAUAAAAGUAGCUGCUCGGACUAUUGGACGCGUUUCACACAUUCAGCGUGCGCAUUUCAAGGCAGCGUGGAACUUAACGCACAACUGGAAUCCACUUUUGACCUUUUUUUUCCCUUCACAAUAUCGCUGCUUCUGGAAAUUAUAACGGCAGGUAGAACAAUGUUCUCCACGCACCUGCCCCUAUUGGUGUUCAAGUGUUUCCUCGGCGUCGCGUCGGUUCGGAUCGUGCAGCAAGCGGGCUUCAGGAGCGCCCAGGGUGCAAGCUUCCCCCGGCCGACCUCUUCAGGUGACUUGGACCAGGACGUGCUCCUCCAACACAUGUCCAAACUGUACGAGAGGAGCAACAGGGAACAGCGUCUCAAAGAGGGCAACACAGUUAGGAGCUUCAGAGCGAUUCAGACGCCAUCUGACCUCAGGACAGUGUACCACCUAAACCUGACAGCACUCCAGGACUCUGAGGUCAUCCUGUCAGCCACAUUCCACUUCCUGCUAGGACGGCUCCCUCCAAAAGCAUGGCUCUGCAAACGCUUCAAGAGCACAUCCUGCCGGUCCUCUGCCACGCAGCCAUCCCCGUCUGUCAGGCUUCUCCUUCGUGCUGUCUCCUCAGAGUCGGGAGUCAGUUUUGGGUCAGUUGGGUCAUUCCUAGGCAAUGUGACCUUCCACCCCCACAGGAGAGGGGUGUGGCAGAUGAAAGACGUGACCCAGGUCAUAAAGGAGGCGAGGGACAAGGGUCAUCGCCUAGUGUCAGUGGAGUUGGACUUAGGUCAGCAAUACCCGAGGAAAGCAGAGGAGUUCCGAUUGCCCUACCUGUUAAUCUAUGCAGAUGACCUAGCCUUGGCAGAACCUAACAGCGUGUCGCCAAGUCUUCAGAGGUAUGACCCGUUCUCUGAGGUUGGAGAAACCUCGCAGUCCCCCAACCACUUGCAUGGAGCCGAUUUCUCCCCAGAGUUCAAAGCACGGGUGAGGAGGGAAGUCACUUUUCUCCCAGACUCCAUUCAGAACAAUGAGUUGCCUGAGGUUGACUACAGGUCUGAUGGAUACAGGAAGGACGACCUCUGGGAGAGCUCAUGGUACCCAGCCAUCAAACCAAAACACUCCGGGAAGCAGGAAAAGAAAAGAAAGAGCCAUGAGGAAGGAGGUCAUCAAGGAAGGGGAGGAAAUAAUAAAGAAGCAUCAGAAAGAACACCAAACAGGUCUAAGUCGGAAGAUGUGAGAAGACACAAAGAAAGACUCACCCAGUUGGUGGAUAGUCGAAGGUUAGAGCACAAACAUGAGGCUGGCGAUGUAAAAAAGCACAAUAAGGGAAGUGCUCAUCACUCCCGCUCACCUGUGUUGAAUUUCGAUGAUGAAACAAUGCGCAAGGCCAGAAGAAAGCAGUGGGGAGGCACUCAGCACCACAGCUGCUCGAGAAAGAACCUCAGAGUGGAUUUUGCAGACAUUGGCUGGAGUGAGUGGGUCAUAGCACCCAAAGCAUUUAAUGCCUAUUACUGCUCAGGCACAUGUGGAUUCCCCAUGUCUAAGGUGACGAGGCCUUCGAACCAUGCCACUAUCCAAAGCAUCGUGCGAGCUGUUGGGAUUAUUUCCGGGGUUCCGGAGCCCUGCUGCGUACCAGAGAGGAUGAGUCCUCUGGCAGUGCUCUACCGAGAAGAAUCCAAGGAUCUGGUGCUCAAGAUUUACCCCAAUAUGUCUGUUCAAUCCUGCUCCUGUAGAUAAAACGAUUCAUGAUGGACAGAAAGACAGUGAUGUAGAGUGAAACAAACAAAAAGAACUCACGGAGAAUGUAUUAUUUGCGGAGAAAGAAAAGCUGAAGAACAAUAAUUACCUUACUGUCUAUCCAGAAUCUUUCUAUCGUUGCUACGUUCUCUGUUGAAACAACGGAUGUCCCGAUUGUGCCAUUUUUCAGAGGAUCUGAAUUGGGUAAAAAAGAUUGAGUUUUCAAUUUAAAAAAUAUAUAUUAAUUUUUUUCUGCUUCGUGCUCGUACAGCCUCUCACUAUCCCACCUGCUGCUUUUCUUGGUCAGCAGCCAGCUAGAGUUUUCUACUUAAAGUUAACAAUGAUUGACAGGUUUGCAGCUUUUAUCUGACAAGUGAAGGCUCUGUAGCUCUACGAUCAAAGGCAUACUGUAUGUGUCAAUCAUCGUUCAGCUUGUAACACACUAGCUGUAGAGUGCUGUGGUAACUUCUUGUGUAAGUGAGAGGCUGUUCUCAGCAGCAUGAGCGGAUUUGAGUGGACUCACUCAAUGAAGCAUUGAAUAAAGACUAGCAUUUUUCUACGUUAUUCUUGUUUUAAAAUAAUUCACAUUAUGAAAACGGCACAGUGGGAGCGUGAGUUUUUGUUUUUUGUUUUUUUUAUGAACUUUUUUACGGUAUCAGAUCAGGACUCUGUAUCGGCGGAUUCUCAAAAUCCGGUGUCUCGGACUCGGGUGCAAAAAUAUGCGAUCUGGACAUCCCUAGCUGAAACAAAACUGUCAUGGAGGAAUCGCAGUGAACACUGACAACUUAUAAACCUAUUUCUCUAUGGUACAGUAUGGUGGUAGAAAAAAGUAUCUGAACCUUUUAGAAUUUCUCACCUAAAAUCACCAUCAAAUGUGAUCUGAUCUUUGUCAAAAUCACACAGAUGAAAAAACAGUGUCUGCUUUAACAAAAACUACCUAAACAUUUGUAGGUCUUCAUAUUAUAAUGAGGAUAGUAUGCAAACAAUGACAGAAUGGGGAAAAAAUAAGUGAACCAUCACAUUUAAUAUUUUGUCCCCCCCCCCCUUUGGCAGCAAUAACUUCUUUUCUUUCUUAAAAAUUGUGAUAUACUUGUAUAGCGGUUUUCCACCGUUUUUCAAGGCCCUCAAAGCGCUUUACACUACAUCGCCGUCCACUGACUGCUGAGGCAGCACCAGGAUAAACAUGGGGUUCAGUAUCUUGCUCAAGGAUACUUAGACGAGUUAAUCGACGCGAACCCAGAGCCUCUGGGUUGGAGAACCAACUACUCUACCACUGAGCCACGCCACCCCCAAACGCUUCCUGUAGCUGCAGAUCAGUCUGGCACAUCGACCAGGACUCAUCUUGGCCCAUUCUUCACGACAAAACUGCUGUAGUUCAAUCAGAUUCCUGGGAUGUCUGGCAUGAAUCGCUGUCUUUAGGUCAUGCCACAGCAUCUCAAUGGGGUUUAAGUCUAGACUUUGACUUGGCCACUCCACAAAGUGUAUUUUGUUCUUCUGAAACCAGUCUGAAGUUGAUUUACUUCUGUGUUUUGGAUCGUUGUCUCGUUGGAGCAUCCAUCCUCUUUUUAGCUUCAACUGUCUGACAGACGGUCUCAGGUUUUCCUGAAAAACAUCCUAAUAAACUUUUGAAUUUAUUCUUCCAUUAAUGAUUGCAGGCUGUCUUGGCCUUGAGGUAACAAAACAGCCCCAAAUCAUGAUGCUGUCUCCAACAGGUGUUGAUGUUGGUGAGACGUUUCAUUUUUCCGCCCACACAUGACGUUUUGUGUUACUCGUUACUCCCAAACAAUUCAACUUUGGUUUCAUCAGUCCACAAAAUAUUUUGCCAGAACCUAUGUGGAGUGUCCGAGUGCCUUUUUGCCAACAAUAAACGAGCAACAAUGUUUUUUUUAAACAGCAGUGGCUUCCUCUGUGGAGUCCUCCAAUGAACACCAUUCUUGGCCAUAGUAUUACAUAUAGUGGAUGUGUGCACAGAGAUAUUGGACUGUGCCAUUGAUUUCUGUAAAUCUUUAGCAGACACUCUUGGGUUCUUUUUUAACUUUCUGAGUAUUCUGCGCUGAACUCUUGGCGUCAUCUUUGGUGGACGGCCACUCCUUGAGAGAGAAGCAACAAUGCUAAACUCUCCUUUUUUAGACUUCUCUGACUGUCGAUUGAUGAACAUCCAGAUUUUUAGAGAUGGUUUCCCAGCUUUAGCUUUAUACAAAUCAACAAUCCUUGUUCACAGUUCUUCAGACGGCUUUUUUUGACCGAGCCAUUAUGGACAUCAGACGAUUCUCAUCAAGACAAUUAUUUUCAGGUGUGUGUUUUAUCGUGGGCAGAGCAGCUUUAAACCACUCACCAGUGAUUGGGCACACACCUGACUUAAAUUGUUUGGUAAAAAAAUGGUUUCAGUUGCUCUUUAAGUCUCCUUAGGCAGAGGGUUCACUUACUUAUUUUCCCCCCUCUGGCAUUGUUUGCCUUUUAUCCUCAUUAAAAUAUGAAAACCUUUUAACGUUUGGGUGGUUUUAGUUAAAGUAGACACUGUUUUUACAUCUGUGUGAUUUUGACAAAGAUCAAUGUGAGAAAUUCCAAAACGUUCAGAUACCUUUUCAUCCCACUGUACUUUGAACAGCUGUAUCUCUAGUAAGGCAUCUCUUAUGCUACCACCUAGCCAAAGAGGCAUUAUACUGUAUAUUGCUGUUUAUCCUAAAAAAAAAAAAUUAAGUCAAAUCUGGAAUUUCUACUCACCGCAUCUCAUGUCAUAACCUCUAAAGUAUUAUCAUGAAAGCAGAAGUAUUUCUUCCCUAGUAAUUAAACAAUGAUGUUUUGCUUUAGAUGUUACUUUGUACAUAUGUUUAAAUUAUGAAAAACUAAAAAGUUGCUAUCUAAAUUAGUAAUUUAAUCCAACAUUAGUUGAUGUAUGUAUGUGUUCAUGUUAAAUUUUGAGCUAUCGUGGUUUUGUGGGGAGGGAGUGAAUUGUCAAAACAAACCUAAAAGGCAGCACUGUUCUAAAAGAAGUGACUACAAAGGCAGGAAGAUUCCACUCCUUCCCCUUCCCCCAGCCUCCGCAAAGCCUCUUGACCUAUCAUUGCCCCCCACUUCACCACCAAAGGUUCCAUGUCUGUUGUCCAGCAAAUAAUGUGACUGAUGUGGCCAUGGUGGAUUAAUGGUUGAUGGAGGAAACAGACAAGCGCUAAUUAAGAUGUCAGCCACUUGAACUUCAAAACGGAGAGUACUUCCUCUUUCCGACCAAGGACCACCUCCCACCCCCAGUUCUAAAUACAGAUGUUCUCAUCAAAGGAAUAUCAGAAGGACUGCAUAAAAUGUAGAAAUUUUAUGUUCUUUAAGAGAGAAUCUUCAUGUCUGAGGCCAUCAAUUAAAUAACAUAGGGUACCUUUUGAUUAUUCCGCUACCAUUACUUCGCCUUGCCGUCGGGUGUGCAAAAGUUGGCACUGAGCGGCACAUCUGUUUGCAACAACAGAGCGCUUUGAAGUUUACCUUUACCGACACUGGAUGGUCAUUUUGUCUCUGAAAGACAUGUCGUAAGCACUUGGGGACAGACAAUUCUGUUUACUGCAGUCAAGAGCUCUUUCGGGAAGUAUGCCUGUGUAAAUCUAAAACGUGUUUUGACAGCAAGAUUAACUGCUAUCACAUCAAAAGCAAACUGUUGUGUCUCACUUUACUGAAUGUUUUUCAACAACCUACAUUUAGUGUACAGUAUGGGUUUCAUUUUCUGAUAAGAGUUGUAGGAAUUUCUGUCUAUGUGUGUAUUUUUUAUUGCCGGGCUUCAUUGACAACAUAAAUUCAAAUUCUCAACAACUAUUGUGUGUAUAUGGCCGAAAACACUCAGGUGACUUGAAGUUCCACUCUGAGACCCCCAAUUUGGCCAAAUUUCAAAAUUGUACAAUAUGCAUGUGUGAUACAUCAUUGGAAAGCUUAAAAUCUCAAUUUUCUGAGGGAAGAAACAUUUUGAACAGGAGGGCAUUUUUAAAAAAAAUUAAUUAAUUAAACAGCAGAACCCUAACUGGAGGUGGGAGCAGGCGAGAGCAUAAUUAAAGACGCCAUGAUUUUAACGAGAUAUUGUCGCGUACUUACGUCUUUUCGAUCCAAAAACUCCAUGUAGCAUGUAUCACCGAGUGUCAAGACAUAGCUGUGAAUGGCCACAGCCGGAUUUGGGGGGGAUUUUAUGGGUGAAACAUGGUAAUAUAACGAGGGUCGCGAUGCAGAAAUUGCAGACAUCAAGGAGUGGUCGAGAUUUUGUUUUUUCAUAUAUUUACCCUUUAGAACAUUUUUAUUUUUUAUUUUUUUUGUUUGGAUUGAUUUUUUAUCAUCUAAAAUAACGUUGAAAAUCUGACAGUAACAAAAAAAUAUACAAUUAAGCGAUAUUUAUGAGGUAGAUAUCCGUGACUUAUUUACAGACGCCAUUUUUUUCAUUGUGACGUAAUUUGUUUAAAAGUUUAAAAUAUGUGAGUGAAUAAUUUUUUUAAAGUCGUUUUUUUUUUUUCAAAACAAAAUAUUAGACAUCGAUUAAUGAUUAAGGUAAAAAUGACAAAAAUUCUGAAUAAUAAACAUAACUAAUUACCUUCCUUUUAUUGCUUUUAUUGUUGAAACAAAAGCAAUUGCGCGACGUCUGUAAACGGGGGUCUCCAGGGUAAAACGGAAAAUUAAAAAUAGUUCGGGGGCUUAAUGGGCCAUGAAUCUGCUAUGGCAGCAUGUAGAUGUAUUGUUCUAUCAAACACAACAGUUCUUUUGGCUUAGAAUACAGCAGUUUAUUUUAAAGAGGGGUGCAAGAGCAGAAACUGCUAUUUCAGUCUUGUCUGUGUUUUCCGCCAUAUACUGCUGACACUAAGAGAUUGCACCAGAGCAGAUUUUGUUUGUAUGUUUUUUUUUGUAAGAAAAACAUGCAUUUCUGUCCUUUUAUGAUGCACAGAGCAAGCUAUACACACUAUUGUGUCAGUGUCGUUUUAAAUGGGCAGUGUAUUUUA